GUUAUUGUGAUUAAUAGUGGCUUAAAUGAAAUGAGGCCGAAGUAAAUAAAGAUGAUUUUAUUUACUAAGGACGACAAAUUGAAUAAAGGGAAAUGUAUAAUAAAAAAGAAAAAGAAAAACUCUACUUAAAUUAAAACUCAAAAUGGCCAAAAAAAAUUCACCGUUAAUCAGACGUUUACUCUGUAAGACCACGAACCGGAUGAAGUAUUCAGUUUCCGAUGCUUUCGUCACUCUGUACUGGUCAUGAUGGCGUCUCAACAACAGCAGGCCGGCGGGUCGAUGUCCCAGCCCGGUUUAUUACAACCUUCGUCAAUACAGCAGGCUCAAACACAACAGCAACAACUCAGUCAACAGCAGGACUUUGACCCCGUUCACAGAUUUAAGAUGCUGAUUCCUCAGCUGAAGGAGAGUGUGCAGAACGUCAUGAAGAUCGCUUCUCUAAAUUUGGCUCAUAAUACGACCAUUGACAACGGCACCAAAAGCAGUGAUUCCUCAGUUCAGCGCUUUGACAAAAGCUUGGAGGAGUUUUAUGCUCUGUGUGAUCAGCUAGAGCUGUGUUUGCGACUGGCCUACGAGUGCCUCUCUCAGAGCAUCGACAGCGCCAAACAUUCACCCAACCUGGUACCAACGGCCACCAAACCUGACACAGUACAGACAGAGUCCAUGUCUUAUGCCCAGUACCUGUGUAUGAUCAAGUCUCAGAUCUCCUGUGCCAAAGAUAUCCAUAAUGCUUUGCUGGAGUGUUCCAAGAAGAUCGCAGGAAAGGGACAGCCACCAGGGAUGAUGUAAACAUGGACUCAGUAUCUCGAUCCUAUCUGGAUACUUCAGCCUAGUCCAUGUGUAGAUGAGUGUUUUCUGAAACUGUUUCUCCUGGGUGUUUUGGCCUAGUAUUUACAGUUGGUUAUUUCACUAAAGAUGCAUCUUUGGAUAAAGGCAGAUGAUGUCAUUAGUUUUCCAGUUUGAUGUCAGGGAGAAGAUUAAUUUGACUGUAUGCCGAAAAAAACCUGUGGUCUCCAUUUCGCUCAUUUGCUGGACACAGUGUGAAGUUAUGCAUUUUGGCAUUGGCGACUGUGGUCAAAAAUGUCACACAUUUGACAGCACUGAACCGCAUGUUUAUGGAAAGUAAGAAUGUGUAAGCAUGACUAUUUAAAAUCAGAAUUGGUCUCUAGCUUUGUCUAAAGACAAAUCUUUCACCUCUUGUUCUUCAAAAUAUAAAUCCGCCAGAUUUGUAAAUAUUUUCAACAAAGUAAUGUCCUGAGAUAACCAGCAGGUGGUAGCAGAGCUGCACUCUUCUGAGGUCUUUAGUAUUUUGUAUUUUAUUUGUACUGAACCAUUAAAACCUUUUCAGAGUAAAA